AUGGUCCAUAGUACUGGCGGACCAGGAUCAUCGACGAUGGAUACCAAUGCCUUCGUGAAGCAGCUAGCUUCGAAUAACCGGAAAGUCAGAGAGAACGCCCUAGAGACGUUACAAAAAUACCUCAACACAAAACAAUUCAAAGAUGCGACGCAGAUGCAGUUCAACAAACUGUGGAAGGGUCUGUACUUUGCCAUGUGGUUCAGCGAUCGUCCCAGACCGCAGCAGCGCCUCGCCAACGAGCUGAGUGAGCUGCAUAUGAUCUACUUUGAUCAGCGCGACAACAAAACAGCGUCGGAACAGCUAUCCUUGAACGACGGGGCGUUCAUAAAGUUCAGCAGGGCGUUCUGGAAGAUAAUCUGCAUGGAGUGGUUCAACAUCGACCGCUAUCGCAUAGACAAGUAUCUCAUGUUGGUCAGAAGGGUACUGUUCAACCAACUGAAAUAUCUGAAGGCGCGCCAGUGGGACGAGCGCUUGGUCGACACGUACAUUGAACGGGUGCUGAAAUGGCUGCCACUGAGCGCAAGUGCCAAGGUGUACAACGGCGUUCCCCUGCAUAUCAUGGACAUAAUACUCGAUGAAUGGGAGAGAGUGGUAAAGAGCGACCUCGACGAACAGGAAGACGAAAUCCCAGGAUCGGAUGUGGCCAAUCUUAUCGAAGAAACCCCUCUGGUGCAGUUCCUGGAAAUCUUCAGAGAAAUAAACGCAGACGUCAACAACAGCAAGGUUUUGAGAAACAAGAUCAAGAGCGAGCUCCUCGUCGAUCCCAGAUUAGCGCAAUGGGGCGUGGCAGCGGCCGCAAACGAGCCCGAGCCAGAAGCAUCACACGACGACGACGACAGCGACGGCGAGGACGCCGAGGAAUGGCACGGUUUCUAG